UGGGAACACAAAAGCACAAGAGGACUUGAUAGGAAGCUUGCAGGAUUAAUCGGAAGUCUUUCUCGGACUUCCUGAAUACAUGUUCGUGUGGUUCCUGAUUGAUGACAUAUUUUCUUCCCUGCGAGUGUGAGAGCGGCCAUCCCGGAUGGAGCGUCUGACUUUGGCGGAGGAGGAGAGUCGCCCAGCGGCUCCUCAGCAGCUGCGUCUCCUCUCCCGGAGGAGGCUGGCGAGCGUCAGCUCUGCCGAUCUGGCCGCCGAACGGCUCACCCUGCCCGGGGUCAUGGACGCCGAGGGGAGGGUAGACGAGUCUCGACUGAGGAUGCACAUUUUUCAAAACGGUGGCUUGUCUCCAACUGAGCGUGGCCUGGCAUGGCGCUUCCUGUUUGGGAUGUAUCCCUGCAGCUCCACUGCUCUAGAGCGACCUCUGCUGCUGGAGCAGCUGGCUGUACGUUACCAAGUCAUGAAGAGAAAGUGGCAGAACUUCCUCCCUUCUGCUGUACGGAUGCACCUCAACGGCACGGACGCUGAGCUGGUUGCAGCUGUCAGCUACUUUGACCAGAGGCAGGCGCUGAUCCAGCAGCAUGAACAGAACCAGAAUGACGUGGUCCGACAUAGGCUGGUAUUCUUGGAGCUGCAAGCACGGAUAUUGUUUGAGCGUGUUACAUUCGACAAGGAAGAGGUGCAGGAAGCCAUUCGAAUCAUUGAUAAAGACGUUCCAAGAACUACCAGAGAUCUAGGAUACUACCAAGGUGAAGGUUCAGGGAAUCUGUUGGUGUUGAGAGACAUCCUCAUCACUUAUGCUGCUUUUCAUCCAGAGGUGAGUUACGCCCAGGGAAUGAACGACUUGUGCAGCCGAUUCCUUGAGGUUCUUGAUUCGGAGGUGGACAGCUUCUGGAGUUUUUCCUCUUACAUGGAGAAAUUUGCAAAGGAUUUCAGAGAAGAUGGUCUUUACAGAAAAAUAGAGUUGGAGGCGGCCCUGUUAAAAGAGUUAGACCCUCAGCUUCAUGUCCACUUGGUGACAGACAGCAUGGAGAGCUUCACCUUCUGUCACAGAUGGCUGCUGCUUGGUUUCCAGAGAGAGUUUGAACACAGUGACGCUCUUCGUUUAUUCGAGAUCCUGAGUUGCGACCACCUGGAGCUCAUUUCCCAGCAAGUAGACCGAGCCCGUCAUCAGGAAAGGCUGGCACAAACAUAUUGCACAGAUGAUGGGUGCGAGUCACAGCUUCAGGCUGUCAACACAGACUUCACGUUUGAGUUGUUUAUCUGUGCGGCCAUCCUGCUGGACCACAGACACACUCUGCUGCAAUGUCGAGAUGAAGUCCAGCUGAUUCAGUUCACCAGCAGCCUUCAGGGAACACUGGACUUGAACAGCACGCUAAAGAAAGCGGAGCGUCAUUUCUUCAACUACUGCAAGCGCUGUGCUUGGGACUCCAUGAGCAACCACUGCAGAGCACACAAGAGCAAAGAAGAAGACUUUCUACAUCAGCUGCGUUGUUUAUUUGUUUUAAGAUAGAAAACAUUAUUCCAGUCCCCGGGACAUUUCUUCGUGUCUUAUUGUUUAUCCUCCUCAGGGAAAUGUAUCGUAUGACAGAAGCACCAACACAACUGUUUUUUUUUGGUUUUUUUAUCGACGCGCAUGAAAUGUCCAAAGAAAAUAAUGCGAUUGCUUCAGAACGGACUUUGUUAUGUGAUAUGUUACUCGUGGAAUGUGACACGCGACAGGUGGCGUUACUUCAAGUUAUAUUUAUAAUGACUUAUAACGUGUAAGUUGACAGAUGGGAAUGAAAGGAAAUGUCCUGCAUGAGCACAUGUUUUACUACAGUUAAUUAUUGAAUUACUUUUUUCUGUGCUAAUACAGUAGUAACAUUGCCUUCUUCAUAUACUGUAAUUUGGUUGUUAGCUAGAGUACGGACCCGAUUUACUAAGAUCCAAAUACCACGUUCUAAACAGUGUGAGCAAUCUGUAAAAUAGCGCGUACUAUUAGUGGGCGUGUUGCGUGUGAUUAACUAAGACUGUGUGUACAAAUUGUUAAGUGGUGUAGACCACCUUUUGAAUGACGAUUUUGUGUGUACUACACAGAGCCUAACCGGGGAGACACUAAUUUACUGUUAUCAUGUUUCCUACCUGUGGCAUGUUGCUAGGUUUUCAAACAUGCGGGAGACAUUUACCACUUUUUAUGGGCAUUUUAAAAGCAGGAGUGCAGUACAUCUACAUUGACACCAUUUUUUUUUCUUACCCCUGAAGAUGCAUGAGAGAGAGGCUGCACUUACUCAAAAAUGCAUACUUCAAGAAGUUUUUUUUCGCAUAAGAAAUAUUUUUUAAUGAUAUAUAUUCUGUGCGAAAAAAACAAACGGCAUUAAAAUACACUAAAGGACACCAAAAUGCAUCAAUUGAUUUGUUUUAAUCAUCUCCUUAAGUCCUCUAGCAUCUUUAAAAUGAUGUUGCUGAAUAGACUAUGUCCGUUUUUUUAUUUCUGACCAUCCAAAUAUGUUGACACACACGCACGAAGGAGGAUCUUCGUCCAUUGCGUGUCUUUGCAGCACUCAUUCUGCACAGUCUGUGGUGCCCUCAGUUGGCUCCCACAAGCCAUUCUUGCCAACCUUGAGACCUCCGAAUUCGGGAGAUUAGGGCGGGGUUGAGGUGAGCGGGGUUUGGUGGUAGCGGAGGUGUAUAUUGUAGCCCGGAAGAGUUAGGGCUGCAAGGGAUUCUGGGUAUCUGUUCUGUUGUGUUUAUGUUGUGUUACGGUGCGGAUGUUCUCCCGAAAUGUGUUUGUCAUUCUUGUUUGGUGUGGGUUGACAGUGUGGCGCAUAUUU